AUGAUUAUGGAACCAAAAAACAAACAAACAGACGUAAAAGGGAAAGGAGUUGAAAGAUGUGAAAGGGAGAAGACGAAGAAGGAGGAGAGAAAAGAACUGAGAGUGUCCCUCGUGCGUACGCCGACGCCAAGACCCUCUUCAGUAGUGGAGGAUGCUAACCGUCAGAUGACGGAUCUAGCGUUGUCAGAUUCGGACGACGGCUCGAUGGUAAGUGUACCAUCUUGCUCUUCGGGCCGCCUGUUCGAAUCUGUAAGUACAGAAUUUCUGGACAGGGAUAAGUCUAGAUUCUGGGAGACUAGAAAGCGGAGUAGGCUGUCGGAGGACGAUGACAGCUCCACCGACACGCCUAGCAAAGCGGGGAAAAAGAGAGGCAGAGGCCGUCCGCCCACAACGGGCGAAUAUAUAGGACUGGCCGAAGCCAAAAGGGCUUAUCUUAAAGCCCAGAGAGAGGAGAUGGAGGCUCAAGCUGAGGCUGAGCUGCUUGCUUCGGCUAUCGAGGCGAAAAAGACGCGCUCCAUGUCGCUAGAAGUGCCCGAUAUGCCCGGACGCGAGCUCCCGAUCGAUAUCCAAGAGAGGAUAGAGGCAAGCAUCGGUCUCGUAGAGCAAGUGGCCCAAAAGUCCUCUAAUCUGAAAGGGACUUUUGUCAAAGUUUUAAAGAAGGCGGUUGCGGAGCUAAAGGAGGACACGGCGGUGCUCGCACAGCGUACCCUCUCUGAAGAAACGCAAGCGCUUAGGGAGGACAACGCACGGCUCCGUCGCCAGAUUGGAGCGAUGCAGAAGGAGAUGGCGGAGCUGAAAGCUCUUGUCCAGAAGGGGCAGUCAGGACAGACUUCCGCCAACAACUUGGAGGAGCUGGAGUCGAGAAUGAUGCAACGGGUGACCGACAGAAUCAACGCUCGUAUUGAAGGGCUUGAAGGUCGUCUGAACCCAGAGCCGAGCUACAGGCCCGCGCUCAAGGGGAGACUCCGCGACAAGCUAAAUAAGGAAGCGGACACAGAAAAGAGGAUUUCUCGCCAGGAGGGCUUCCUUAAGGGAAAAGAUACUUCUGCUGCAACGGCAGGAGAAACUCGAAAGGAAGACAAGAGAAAGGAGGAGAAGAAGAAAAAGAAGAAGAGCAAGAGUAAGGGGAAGGGAGAGGACAGGGAAGUGGAGGAAGCUCCAAGCGUCGUGGCAUCGACCUCGGCACCGGUCCUACCAUCAACCUCCCGCGCUCAGACUCAGGACCCGGCGUCCGUUCCUGUUCAGGAAACUUGGGCGACAGUGACGAGGAAAGGACGAAAGUCUGCUCCAAAGACAUCGCAGGCUCAAGCGGCUAGGACUCCUCAGCCGCCUCAGACGCGAGAGACACGCGAGUCUGCCCAGAAGAAGACGGCGCCCAAGCCUCGGUUAAAGGUUCCGAGGUCUUCGGCCGUCGUGAUAUCGGUCUCCAAAGAGGCCGAAGGAAGAGGUCUCACCUACCCGGAGGUGUUAAGGGAGGCUAAGACCAAGAUUGAUUUGGCGGACGUCGGAAUCGAAUCCGUCAAGUUCCGGCGUGCGGUCACAGGGGCUGCGAUCUUGGAGAUACCCGGAGCCUCGAGCCAUCCCAAGGCGGAGCUCCUCGCCACGAAGCUCAAGGCAAUCUACGUGGACGAGGGGAUCAAAGUGUACACGCCGGUGAAGCUCACCGACGUGCGUGUCACCGCAUUGGACCUCGCGGUUACCUCCGAAGAGCUAAGGGCCGCAUUGGCCAAGAAAGGAGAAUGCCCUGGUGAUCAGAUCCGAGUUGGUGCAGUGGUGCCCGACCGAACGGGUCGGAAUGCGGCAUGGGCACAGGUCCCAACCACAGCGGCCAAAAAGUUGGUGGUGGGUCGUUUUCUGGUCGGGUGGAUGGAAGGCGUCAUCAAGAUCGCCAAACCCAGGGAGAUGCGGUGCUUCCGGUGUCUGAGGACUGGACACGUAGCGGCAAAGUGCCCAGAUGAAGAUCGCAGCCAGCUCUGCUAUCGAUGCAGCGAAGCGGGGCACUUGGCGAAGACGUGCACUGCGAAUUCGCAUUGCGCCCUGUGCGCGAAAUCGGGCAAGAAAGCCGACCAUCGGCUGGGAGGAAAGAAGUGUUCGGCCCCCAGCAAAAAAGGUGGAAAGACGAAGCCGGCGACAACAGCUGCCGGCGGUACCCAGCCGACGGGUUCCACUAUGGAGACUGAAGAAAUCGUAGCGGAUUAG